GUGGAGGCCUAUAAAUAGGCACGCAGAUACUAAGGCAGAGAGUUGCAGGAGCUCAUCCUUGGUAGCAAACAUGGUGGUCUUGUUGAUGGUGCUUGGGUUGGCACUGGCCUUCCUCGUCACCUGUAGUGCUCUGUUGAGAUGGAAUGAGGUGAGGUACAGGAAGAAGAGCCUGCCUCCGGGGACUAUGGGUUGGCCAGUCUUUGGGGAGACUACAGAGUUCCUGAAGCAAGGUCCUAGCUUCAUGAAAAACAAGAGACUUAGAUUCACCAGCUUCAAAUCUUGGAAACGCUAACUCAAAGGAAAAUUCUUGUUACAAGCCUCAACUCUUCUAGCUCCUAAAUCUUAAAUGCCUCUCAAGCGUUCAUGUUGUUUUCUCACAUCUAUAGGCAUGGGAGUUUGUUCAAGUCACAUAUACUGGGAUGUCCUACAGUGGUGUGCAUGGAUCCAGAACUCAACAGGUUCAUUCUAAUGAAUGAAGGAAAAGGCUUCAUUCCUGGCUAUCCACAGUCCAUGUUGGAUGUACUGGGGAGAUCCAACAUUGCUGCUGUGCAUGGUUCCCUGCAUAAGAUUAUGAGGAGUGUCAUGCUUGGCCUCGUGAGCCCCCCCUUGAUCAGGGACCAGCUCCUGCCCAAGAUUGAUGAGUUCAUGAGGUCCUACAUUGAUGAUUGGAAUGGAAGAGUCAUUGACAUCCAAGAGAAAACAAAGGAGAUGGCACUGAUGUCAGCAUUGAAGCAAAUUGCUAGCAUUGAGACAGGUCCAGUCUCGAAGGGCCUAAGAACAGAGAUCUUCAAACUUGUUCUUGGGACUCUUUCCUUACCAAUCAAUUUUCCUGGCACAAACUACUAUCGAGGCCUGAAGGCAAGGAAGAAGGUUGUAAGCAUGUUGCAUGGGAUUAUAGAGCAAAGAAGAAUCUCAAGAUGCUCCUACAAUGACAUUCUUGAUCACCUCCUAAAGAUUGAUCCAAGCUCCAAAGUAAAACUUGAUGAUGAACAGAUCAUCGAUCUGAUGAUUGCCUUAAUCUAUUCUGGAUAUGAAACUGUUUCAACAACUUCGAUGAUGGCUGUUAAAUAUAUCCAUGAUCAUCCUAGAGUCCUUGAUGAACUCAGGAAUGAACAUCUGAAAAUUCAUAAUGAAAAGUCCUGCAAGGAUGCAAUUGAUUGGAACAACUACAAGUCCAUGACUUUUACUCGUGCAGUAAUACUGGAGACUCUAAGAAUGGCCACAGUGGUCAAUGGGGUACUUCGAAAGACAACCCAGGACAUGGAAAUGAAAGGUUUCACAAUACCAAAAGGUUGGAGAAUUUAUGUCUACACUAGAGAGAUAAACUAUGAUCCUUUUAUGUAUCCAGAACCUUUAACCUUCAACCCAUGGAGAUGGCAGGAGAGCAACCUAGAUUCACACCAGCAUUUCAUGCUGUUUGGAGGAGGAAGUAGGAUGUGCCCAGGAAAAGAAUUGGGAACAGCAGAAAUUGCAACAUUCCUUCACUAUUUUGUAACCAGAUACAGAUGGGAAGAAGUUGGAGGUGAUAAAAUACUAAAAUUUCCAAGAGUACAAGCUCCGAACGGCCUGCACAUCCGUGUAUGGGAAAACUAGGGUCAAAACUGUACAGAGCAUUAGGUAGUGUUGCUAACAAAUGAUCAGAAGAGAAGCUUCUAUAUUUUGUUUCUGCGUCAGUGAAAGUUACAACUACCGUUUCCUAGAUAGAAAGGUGCAGAUGUUUUCUGCUAUAAGUCUGUUCAUAGAAGAGGUACCAUAAGUAUCCGAUAAGUACAAGGUCUUGAUAUGUUGAAAUAGUGACAACCAACUGAAUCAGUGAUGUCUCUGUUUUGCCUUGGUUCCCAAUUUGUGUGGCAAUAUGGUUAGCCUAACUUUCUAAUACAUUGAAUAUGAUUAGCCUGACUUUCUAAUUA